GGUACAGAACCGGCUUUUUCCCGAGGGCGUCCAAACAAUUCAUGAUCUUGCAUGUCCAAAAUAUCUCUUUAAUUUUCAGCCAUUUCCUCGAAUCUCGACAUCUUUUCAAUCGCACAAUACCAGAUAUCCACGAUGUCGUCUUCCUACGCUAUGAAGUCAAUGGGCUCGAAAGCCUUUAACCAUUCCUCUUCAAAUGAUGCCGAAGCGGAAUACGAUCGACUGCGCGAUCUCGCUCACAAAGAAGCUGCCAAGCGUUCGCAAUGUUUCGAUCAGUCGCGUCAAGCUUACACAUCCGGCGACGGCGCCAGAGCUCACGAUUUAAGUGUCGAAGGGAAGAAACACGCGGCGCAAAUGGACGCAUACAAUAAGCAAGCAUCGGACUAUAUCUUUCGGGAGAACAAUGCCCAAGGCAGAGUCGGAGACGAUGAAAUCGAUUUGCAUGGACAGUAUGUUGAGGAAGCAGAACGCAUUCUGGAGGAUCGCAUAAGAUAUGCCCAACAGCAGGGACAGUCGCAUUUACAUGUCAUUGUCGGAAAGGGAAAUCAUAGCAAAGAUCAUGUUCAGAAGAUUAAGCCCAAGGUGGAAGAGAUUUGCAGGGAGUUGGGCUUACAAUAUGCGACGGAAGAGAACGCGGGAAGGAUGUAUAUUAAUCUGCAAGGCGGUGCUGCGGUUAUGCCACCCAGUGGAGGAAAUCACGGGGGACAGCAACAUCAUGGUGGACAACAGUCUGGACAUCAACAGCCCUCUUACCAGCAACCCCAGGAAGGAUAUCAACAACCUCAACAGGGUGGAUAUCAACAAGGAGGAUACCAGCAAGGCGGUCAACAACAACAUCAGCAGCAAGAACAACAGAACAACAACGACAACAACGACGAACUGGAAAAAUUGGCAAGAAAGUUCCUACCAAGAAUAUUACGAAAGGCAGAAAAAGCUUGUUGCGCGGUUAUGUGAAUAUCUGGGUUACGCAUGUUGGAUUUUUUUUUUAUUUGGACAUAAUUUUACAAGCAUGGAUUUGGCUUUCUUCAAAUAUACCUUGGGUUCCAGAGGGGUUUAAUUGGGUGGUGCGAUAUGGCGAGAUACCAAUAGAGAUGAUGUUUUAAUGUUGAAUAUUAUAUAUAUAGUAGAUAGAAGAUCACGAUUUCAUGAUAGCUUAAAUGAAUGGAUGUUUCUAAUAUCCCUCCGUCUUGAUGUA